AUGUCCGGGACACUCACAGUAGCACAGUCCCUCUACAUAGGGAUGGAGAUGCUGAUCGCCGUCUCCUCAGUGAUGGGGAAUGUGAUGGUGGUCUGGGCAGUAAAGAUAAACAAGUCACUCAGAGACACCACGUUUUGUUUCAUUGUGUCUUUGGCACUCGCAGACAUCGCAGUGGGAGCCCUGGUGAUACCGCUCGCGAUCACCAUCAGUAUUGGACUCCAAACUCAUUUCUACAGCUGCUUGCUCGUGGCGUGCACGGUGUUGGUGCUGACACAAAGUUCAAUCCUGGCGCUUUUGGCCAUCGCUAUUGAUCGUUACCUCCGGGUCAAGAUCCCCACCAGGUACAAGCGCGUGGUAACCCCUCGCAGAGCCGGACUGGCCGUGGUGCUCUGUUGGACCGUCGCCUUCAUCGUCGGCUUGACUCCGAUGUUGGGCUGGAACAACCUGUGGCGUCUGCAGCAGAACUCCUCCAACAUAUCAUCAGACAUGAUCAUCACCUGUCAGUUUGAAACCGUCAUUAGCAUGAACUACAUGGUGUACUUCAACUUCUUUGGCUGGGUUCUGCCGCCGCUGGUUCUCAUGCUGCUCAUCUAUGCAGAGAUCUUCUACAUGAUUCACAAACAGCUCAACAAUAAGAAAAUCAACACGAGUCACGCUGACCCUAACAAGUAUUACGACAAAGAGUUAAACCUCGCUAAAUCUUUGGCACUUGUUCUAUUUCUGUUUGCCGUCAGCUGGCUGCCCUUACACAUCAUCAACUGCAUCACCCUCUUCUGCCCUGAGUGCAACAAACCAAUCGCUUUGCUCUAUGUCGCCAUCUUUCUUACUCACGGAAACUCCGCCGUCAACCCCAUUGUAUAUGCUUUCCGGAUCAAAAAGUUUCGCACAGCGUUUCAGAAAAUUCUGCAGCGAUAUUUUUGUUGCAAGAACCUUCCCACUUUAGAAAUCCAGCCCAGUGACAGAAAAGAUAUGCCACAGUCGCCUCCCUCCAUGCAGAAACCCAUGCUCAAGUUGGAGAGUCCCCCUCAGAACGGGCAGCGAGAUAAAGGGAAUCAAGAAGCACAAGAGCCCAAAGAGCAAGCCCUGGAGCAAAACACUGUAUAG